AGUUUUGUUAGUUUUUCUUGUAAAGAAUAAACAAAAAAAGCUAUCAUUUGCUUUUGUUUGUGUCUGUCUAAUGCAGCCACACCUUGUGAAACACAAAAAAGAUUGUAUUUGGGUUUGACAUGGGUUAGGGUUAGCGAUUAUAUCUUGUAAGUGGAAAAAAUAAUGACACAAAACAUUUUUUCAGCUUAAAUCUGGAUCUGUGAAAAUAGCAGAGAGGCAGAGAGAUUCCAGCUUUUAUCUAAUGUACAUAAGAACAUUUGGCAACAUUAUGAAGUUCUAGGUAUAAAGAUACAGAAGCUGCCUGAGUCUGGUGUUCUGCGUCAUCUCCACUAGGGGGCAGCAGUUUGACUGCAUUUUUUUUGCGUUUUAUCCCAAUAUUUGUGUUUCCUUUGGGGGGGAAAAAUACAUAUUUUUGUCUUUGUGGGGCUGGAAUAGUUGUUCAAAUCAAACCAUCUGAUGAGGCAAAAAACAACAACAAAAGAACUCUCAUAGACGUCUGACAUGUGAAGACUGAAAACUGAGUUACUCCUCAACUACCGUAUAUAUUGUAUUUUAGAGGCUUAUUAUGGAGCUACUAAGAUUAAGUACAAGUAUACAAGUAUGUACAAGCUGUAUUCAGGUUUUUUGAGAAAAUGACUUGCUUUUGCAAUACUUUUGCUCAUAUCAUUGCUUCUACUGUCUCCAUAUUAUAAUAUCACACAUUUAAUACUUUAAUUUUCUUUUAACUAAACCUUGAGCAAAACAAAUUAACACCAAAUAAACUGAAAAAAAUAGGGCUUUGAUAAAGAGAAACCGCAGUUACAAGGGACACGUUGCUGCUUUCUUUUUUGGUUUCUGUUUGUCAUUUUCAAAUUGAGGCUCCAAGCUGUAUGUUGCUGUUCAGUGGAGGGUCGAGCUCAGAGGCAGCACAGUGGCUGCAGACGCCAGAUGGAGACAGCGAUGGCACAGGGGAAAGGUCCGACUUCGAACUGGAAAUAGCUGCAAUGCUUAUGUAAGAUUUUGUCCGUGCAAACCGAAGCCCUUGCAAUCAUGCUGAUGAUGGUACAGUCACAGGCACUUCUCGUCUUCCUCGCUGUCGCUUCACAGCAGCCGUAUUUGCAGAUUUGGGAAAAUGUGGAACAGACAGCUUUGUUUGUGAACAAAGUGUCACACUGAGCUCAAUUAAAGUCUUUAAUGGACUAAUAUGAUAAUAUAGCGGUUAAAUUUCAUGGAUUAUUACUGCGUUUCCACUGGUUUGUAUGUAAUCAGCCACCACUUAAUGCUGUAUUUUAUUUCUCCUUGCAGUAACCAUAGGGUUACACAUAUUUAUGUGUGAGUGGCAGCGCAGAUAUCACAGAUAUCACAGAUAGCAUCAGAUAGCAUCAGAUAUCGCGCCCCUGAUGGGAUUGUGUAAAUGCUGCCAUCAGUUACUACUGUGCCUAAUAUAUUACUCCAACAAGAAUACAUUAAUGCACUAAACCACCAUAACCUGCAAUGUAACAAGAUUAGGAGUCCGGCUCUGCUUUGAGGUAGAUGAUAAUGUCAGGAAAGUACAGCUGAAGCAGAUGAGAAUGUGAUUACUGUUGGACAAGUUGUCUUUUUUGCUACAUGACAUAAGUCAAAAGGUCAGUAGGUCACAAUAAUGAUUGCAGCUCACAUUGAAUUGUACAUACAUGUGUCUACAAAAUGGCAUCCAGCAGUUGUUGAGACAUUUCACUGUGAAUCAUAAAUGUCAACAUCAUGGUGCCGCUUGAAGAAAAGAGAAUCGCAGCAUAGUGAUAAGUCACAUUUUAUUCUCGCUGGUUUCAUUUGAACAUUUGGAAGGAAACGCAUCAAACAGGUAGUCUGAGAAACCUUCUCCCAGUAGCGUCAAACAUUACAUUUCCUGCAUUCUGGUAAAGUUUUAUGCAUCCGUUUGUGUCUUUUCUGCAUCAUUUUAUAGUGGAAAUAUCGUUAUUUAAGUACAGGGAAAACACAAAAUUCAGGCAUGACACAAAUCAUGAAUUUACAGUUUUAUAUAUUUUAAAAUGGUAUACAAAAUGAAUUAACUCUAAAUUAACGACCCAACAGUUGGUUUAAGUCGUAUGCUUGUAAUGAAAAAUUACAUUUAUUUCUGUUUUCAAAAAACUUGUAUAUAAUUUGUACUGUUUGUCAUGCUUUCUUUAAUUACAUGGGAACAACAAUAAUUAUCUGUGAUAUGUGUAGCUUAUUAUAAACAUACUAUUAAUGUUUUUCUGUUGGUUUUACAUUUAUCUGUACUCUUAGUUUCAAAUUCUGAAAAGAUUCAGCAAAGCUUUUUAUUACAUUCAGCAUAUACGGCGUAGUCCUAAGCAUUGUUCUUAAAUUUUAAUCUUUCAGACGUUGCUGUGCAGCAUUCCUCACCCAAUCAUUGACGUCACAGUGAGUCAACGUUCACACAAUGAAUCAGAAAAGUUUAAGCAGUAAAAUUACAAAAGCUUUAGUUUUUGCUUUUUCCUUGAAUUACUUUUAUUUAUUUAGACAAUCUUCAUUGCAUUCAAAUAUUUCCUCUCUAGAUUAACUGCUUAUUUAAUGUCUUUGCUGAGUCAACACACAAAUUGCUCGUGAUGUACUCCGUUGUGUCAACUGUUUGGGGAAGUAACCUAAAGGAACAAAUGCACGUGUACGACUGUAAAUAUUGCUGGGAACGUCACAAAAGGGCUGUGAAAAUCUGGCGGCAAAGGUGCCAGGAAAAAAUACUAAAAAUGGCAGAUCACUGUAUGUUAAACAUCUGUAAAAACUGCAACAGCCAUAGCAGAGAUCUUUAAAUUAAUAUAUAUUUUCGCAGGUUUAAAUACAGUAAAAACUGUAAUUUUACCAUCACGCAUGUUUUUACAAAUGUAUCCAUCCUGUUUUUUCACAGUAAACAUGUAAAGUCAGACUUUUUAUGUGGUCUUAUUAGAUAUUAUCUUUAAUUUAACACAACAGGCAACAUCUGUACUAUAGCAGUCCUUUCAGUGAUGGCAAAUAUCCACAGUAAAAACAUUAACUUUACAGUCAAACAUUGUUAAACGAGCAAGUUACCAUUUAGUUAUCUUUUUUUUUUCAAAGUAACAGUAAAAAAAUACUUUUACAGUGUAUUUAUGCAAAGCUCCUCACUAUAUAUAUAAAAAAAGUUUUGUUUUAUGGUAAAAUUCCAGCAGCUGUGGUUGCCAGAACGCUACUGUAAAAUUACGAUAAAACAUUUUCUACAUUUACAACAAAGAAAUGUAUUGAUAUUGGUGAUUUUAGGGUUUAAAAACGUGCUUCAUUCCAUAUUUUACUGUUUAAAAAAAUCAACCUUUAAAAUUCUUAAAAUUGACAUGAAAAUACUAUAUAAAAUAAAGUUUGUGCAACUUAUUUUAAAUAUUACAGCAUUUUUCCAUUAUCAGUACAACAGUUAGUGUAUUUAACAUUUAAUAUAUGUACUUUUAGCAAAUAUUGCAGUUAAAGCUGUCAUUAAAAGCAUAUGUCCGUUUUUAACACAAAAGUGACAAACUAUUUUUGAUAUGUAAUAAAUGCAGAAGUUGCCAUGUUACUUGUUAUAAAUAUUGCAGCACGUUUCCAUUAUCAAUCCAACAAUAUGUACAUUUAACUGUGGAAAAACUGUAUUCUUUUCAAGAAUUAAAUGCAAAAAUUACAGUAUUGUUAUACAUAUUCCAGCAUUUUUCCAUUAAAAACUGUGCAGGAGUCGAGAAAUGUAUUUUUUGAAGAGAAAAAAAAUCGGAAAUAAAACUUUUUUCUCCUGAUGAACUUAUUUACGGUGAUUCAGUGAUACAAACUGCAUCAAACUGUUUUGGACUUUACAGAUGUUUACCAUCAUGGUUCACAGUAAAAUGUACAAACUUUUUUUUACAGUGCUCAUCAAUUUGCAUUUUGAUGAUUAUAAAUCAUUCCUCCUCUGUCUACCUGUAGUCAUCGGCUGCAUCCUGCUGCCUCCAUACAUGUGACGUGGCUUUAUAUUAUCAUUUAUUUUCAGCAUUUAAACUUGUACACAUCUGUCCCAGUGGGAUCUCUAAAUCUCACAGAUGUGACUUUCUUCUCCCCAGCAGGAGAACAGCUUCUCUCCAGUGAGAAUGACUGACUCAAUCGAAAACAUCCCUCAUAAGCUUGAAACUCUUCAACAACCUCAUGUCACUGUCUCCCCAGUGAAUCAUAUCACCUCACCCACGCCUUCUCUGUACUCGCUGCCGUUUGCGUCAUCAGAUAAACAAAGAAAUAAAUAAUAAAAAGCAUCCAGUCAGUCAAUCUUUUCUCUGUACGUUUGAUUUUCGUUCCUUCUCUUUGGCACUUCUGGAAGUGUUGAGGAAACCAUUUGGCUUUGCUCCCUUUUCGUAGCGCUUAAUGUUCAGCAUCGGUGACCUUCUCCUGAAGGAUAAAAUUAUAACAGGCACUGAAAGAUGUCUUCUGUUGCAAUUCAUCUUUUAAAAGGAAAUUUGCCUGAAAAUUCACAUUCAGCUGUUGAGAUUCUUCUUUGUGCAGCCCUGUGGUUACCAAACUCAGGAUGUGUUGCAACCAUCAUUUCUGCUUUUACACUAAAAUAUGAACCUCAGUGCACCUGAGAAACUCUGACAGCAGGAAAAAACUGGAGGGAAAUGCGGGAUUUUCAGGUUUUAUUUGACUGCUGAAUCAUCCCAUUGUCCUUUUGUAUUUCUUAUCAUCCUGAUGUCCUGAUUAAUACUUCAUGUGCCUGUGAUGUCUGGGAUUUUUAAAAUAAAUUUAUUAUGAGGAUCUCCAUUAUCUACCUUGACGUAAAAGCAUUCCUAAAGACAUCCUUGUACAGUACAGUGACCUUAAGGAGUCCUUUCUGAAAAAAAGACAGGACAAGACUCAUCUUGUUAAUGAAGACAAUAUCAUUUCAUCAAGAACAAGACAGAUGUAAGCAUCUCUGGUAUGUAAAUGAAUUCUUCUGAUUUCUUUUUUUAUUAUUAUUUGGGCAACUGUGCAUUUGGAGUUACCAUUAAACAUGUCGGUUACUGGUAGUGUCUAGUCUCUUUGAAACCUUGAAUUAUUAAAACAUUUAAUAAUUCAAAACUAAAAAGCAUCAGUCCACAUGUGUGUUGUGCACAAAUGCAUAAAAUUUGUAUUUUAGAUGCAUUAUAUUCUUGCAUUCUGCAUCUUAAGUGUAAUUUGUUAUGUUUCUUGUGCAAAAUUUUUGUUUAAAUGCAGCAGUGGAUGCUUCAUACUGUACUUAAAUACAAAUUAAAAGUAUUUGUACUGGAGUAUUUCCAUUAUAGACUACAUUUCAGAGAGAAAUAUUGUACCCUUUGCUGCACCACAUUUAUUUGAGAGAUUAUUAGCUGUUUUUCAGAUCUAGAUUUUAUAUUUAAAGACCAUUAUAUGCUUAUAGGCAUAACCACCUUUUUUGCAGAAUAAUGUGCAAUGAAGUCCUUUUGUCUUGAUUAAGUUGUGCAAAGAGUUUAAAGAUCCCAUCUAGUGAAAUUUAAGUUUUUUCUACAUGCCAGUAUGGUGGGGGUUUUUAUGCCGAAAGACACAACAUGAGCAAGAAAAGCAGUGAAAAUCCCAGCUGAGUAUUUCCACCAAUGACAGUCUCAAAAGCACAGAUUUGAACUUCCACGGUUUUAUACCUAACAAACUUGCAGAACCAACAUGUCAACUUGCAGGGUGGAACUUUCUCUAUCAUUGUUCCUCUUCGGGGUCAUUUUUUGACUCUAACAUGUACGACUGAAUCACUCCAAUAGUACAAUUAGCCAUUGUGUAAUGCAGAGAAGUUGUACAUUAUUCUAGCAUGGUCUGGGUGAGCUGGUAUGCUAGAGAUGGGGAUUAAUAGAUCUGCACAUUGUAGAGGAGAUUACAGUGUUGACUAACAUCUGAGCUGUUUUAAUCUGUUCUGAAUGUGUAACUUUAAUACACAGAGGUGAGUUAUGAGGGAUUUAAUCAAUGACUGGAGAGAGAUUUUGAAUUCAUAAAAGACUUCAAGGUCGGAAGAGUGUAAGAGUAUUAGUAAAAGGAAAUUAUCCAGUAUAUCACAAAUGCAGCAAAUAUUAGAGAAAUACGAUUUUUAUGCAGCAGAACUUAGAUUUUAACAGCCAGUAAUUGUCUGACAUCAGCCUUCAGAUUUAUAUUUUGACACUGGAUUUUGGUAAACACUCCAACCAACAACAGUAGAGUAUUAUCAGUCUGAUAAUGUCGUAUAUGAUUAUAUAUCAGACACAGCUGGGACUUCUACUUGUUAUUGAGUAUUUUUUAUGUUAUUGUGCUGUAAAUAAAAGACCUAAACACUCCUACGCUGCCUUCAAUAACAGCAACUGGUACAUAAUAAUGAUUAGUAGCAAUAACAACCUUUCAAACCUGAUGUUUUUUCUGGAAAUCGGCAUGUUGAUUCUCCUCUGUGGUCAUUUCUGUGCUCUGUUUAUUAUCCUGGAAAGAGCAGGUCUCUUGUGCAAAGUCCUCUAAAUGUUAAUGUUCCCAUGUUUCCACGGUAGAAGUGAAGAGACCGUGAGCCUCCAACAGAUGGUGCUGAUCUCUCUCCGCUCAUCAGGAGUUGGGUGAUAAUUCAACAGUUAUGUCAUUAGGUGCCUGAGGAAGGAAAGCUGUCAUGUUCACUGCUGCAGACCUGUCCUCUGCAUCUCCCACAACAUUUCCGCCCCACUUCUUCCUGCCAGCAGCAGCAUCGACUCAUUUGCAUCUCCCAGUUUGUCUCGUUUGAAGAGUUCUCCGGGCAGCUGUCACUUUACGCGCAGCCUCGAUGUGCGUAGGCUUGCACAAACUCCCGUCCAACAUGCACCUGGAUAGAUCUCCCUCCGAUGCAAUUAACCCAGGAAGACGACUUCGUCAAGAGGGACUCCACGCCGACCACCGCAGCUCUCCAGUCCGACGGCAGCGCCGGUUCUCCGGCCAAAAUGUGCAGUGAAUGUUACGUGAAUCAGUCAUUUGUGAACGAUGAUGGAACCGUGAACAACCACAAACCACGCUCUUCUCCAGCUCCCGUCCAGACCAGCAGGAGCAGCAACAGCGGGGUCAUCUUAGACAUCUCCACCCUUAAGAUGGAGCAGCUUGAGAGCGAGGUGCCUCCACUGCCGCCCCGCUUCCGCUUCAGAGACCUGCUGCUCGGGGACCAGGGCUUCCCGAACGAUGACAGGGUGCAGGUGGAGUUUUACGUGAAUGAAAACACCUUCAAGGAGCGCCUGAAGCUUUUCUUCAUCAAAAACCAAAGAUCAAGCCUCAGGAUCCGUGUUUUUAACUUCUGCCUGAAGCUUCUCACCUGUCUGCUGUACAUCAUCAGAGUGAUGACAGAUAAUCCUGGUCAGAGCACCGCCGCUACUCACAGCGCUGGACAGCAGAACGCUCCCAGUGGCAACAACAAAUGUGUCGACUGCCUGUGGAACGGAUCGGUGCAGGACAGAGAAAUAAACUGGGGGUUGAUCUUCUGGGUGGACAGGAAGGUUCCUGUUUGGGCCAUUCAAGUGAUCGUGGCCAUCAUUAGCUUCCUGGAGACCAUGUUACUGAUGUAUCUGAGCUACAAGGGGAACAUUUGGGAGCAGAUUUUCCAGGUGUCUUUUCUUCUGGAGAUGAUCAACACGGUUCCUUUCAUCAUUACGAUCUUCUGGCCCUCAAUAAGGAACAUCUUCAUUCCUGUGUUUCUCAACUGCUGGCUGGCUAAAUGUGCUUUGGAGAACAUGAUCAAUGACGUCCACAGAGCGAUCCAGAGGACCAACUCAGCCAUGUUCAACCAGGUCCUCAUACUCAUCUGCACCUUGCUCUGCCUCGUCUUCACUGGCACAUGUGGGAUUCAGCACCUGGAGCGAGCAGGCAAGAACCUUUCCCUCUUCAAUUCCUUCUACUUCUGCAUCGUCACCUUCUCCACCGUGGGCUUUGGAGACGUGACUCCUCGCAUCUGGCCGUCCCAGCUGCUGGUAGUCAUCAUGAUCUGUGUGGCUCUGGUGGUGCUGCCUCUGCAGUUUGAGGAGCUCAUUUACCUGUGGAUGGAGAGACAGAAGUCUGGAGGGAACUACAGCCGCCACAGAGCCCAGACAGAGAAACAUGUAGUUCUGUGUGUCAGCUCACUCAAAAUAGACCUGCUCAUGGAUUUCCUCAAUGAAUUCUACGCACAUCCCAGACUGCAGGAUUACUAUGUGGUGAUCCUGUGUCCAAGUGAAAUGGAUCUGCAGGUUCGGAGGGUGCUGCAGAUCCCGCUGUGGUCUCAGAGAGUCAUCUACCUGCAGGGGUCUGUCCUCAAAGACCAGGAUCUGCUGAGAGCCAAAAUGGAUGAUGCAGAGGCUUGCUUCAUUCUGAGCAGUCGGAACGAGGUGGAUCGCAUGGCUGCGGACCAUCAGACCAUCCUGAGAGCCUGGGCAGUGAAGGACUUUGCUCCAAACUGUCCUCUUUAUGUCCAGAUACUCAAACCUGAAAAUAAGUUUCACGUUAAAUUUGCAGAUCAUGUUGUGUGUGAGGAGGAGUUCAAGUACGCCAUGUUGGCUCUCAACUGUGUGUGUCCUGCCACCUCCACCUUGGUCACGCUCCUCGUGCACACCUCCCGUGGACGAGAGGGACAGCAGUCUCCGGAGCAGUGGCAGAGGAUGUAUGGAUGUUGCUCCGGCAACGAGGUCUACCACAUCCGACUGUGUGACAGCAAGUUCUUUGGAGAGUAUAAUGGCAAAAGCUUCACAUACGCCUCCUUUCAUGCUCACAAGAAGUAUGGAGUGUGUCUGAUCGGUAUAAAGAGGGAGGACAACAAGAGCAUCCUGCUGAACCCUGGUCCUCGACACAUCAUGGCUGCCUCAGACACCUGCUACUACAUCAACAUCACCAAGGAGGAGAACUCAGCCUUCAUCUUCAACCAGGAGGAGAGGAAGGGCCGUCCUGUCGGGGGGCUCCUGGACGGACCCUGUCAGCUUCCUGUGCACAGCAUCAUCGCCAGCAUGGGCACCGUUGCCAUGGAUCUUCAGAAUACGAGUCCACCUGACCCCUCGAGUGGGAAACUGAUCCCUCCUACGGUAAAUGGAACAGGAGGCCGUCGACCGAGCAUCGCUCCGGUCCAGGAAAUAGCCGACUCCGCUUCAAUCCUGCCAUGUGACCUCCUCAGUGACCAAUCAGAAGAUGACUCCGUCUUCACAGAUGAGAAAGGCCACCCAUCUACUGAGUAUGUGAAAGGUUAUCCCCCUAACUCUCCGUACAUUGGGAGCUCGCCCACUUUGUGCCAUCUGUUGGCUGAAAAAGCCCCGUUUUGCUGCCUACGACUGGACCAGGGCUGCAGGCACAACAGUUUUGAGGAUGCCAAGGCUUACGGUUUUAAAAACAAGCUCAUCAUUGUGUCGGCUGAGACCGCAGGGAAUGGUCUCUAUAACUUUAUAGUGCCUCUAAGAGCUUAUUACAGACCCAGGAAAGAGCUCAACCCUAUUGUCUUGCUGCUGGAUAACCCGCCUGAUAAUCACUUUCUGGAGGCCAUCUGCUCUUUUCCGAUGGUCUACUACAUGGCUGGAUCCAUAGACAACCUGGACAGCCUGCUGCAGUGUGGCAUCAUCUACGCUGAUAAUUUGGUUGUUGUGGAUAAAGAGAGUACAAUGAGUGCCGAGGAGGACUACAUGGCUGAUGCCAAAACCAUUGUCAAUGUGCAGACGAUGUUCAGGUUGUUUCCCAGUCUCAGUAUUAUCACAGAGCUUACUCAUCCGUCCAACAUGAGAUUCAUGCAGUUCAGAGCGAAGGACUGCUAUUCUCUGGCCCUCUCCAAGCUGGAGAAGAAGGAGCGCGACAAAGGCUCCAACCUGGCCUUCAUGUUUCGCCUGCCAUUUGCUGCAGGGAGAGUGUUUAGUAUUAGCAUGCUGGACACACUUCUCUACCAGUCUUUUGUGAAGGACUACAUGAUCCUUAUCGCGAGGCUUCUGCUGGGACUGGACACCACUCCAGGAUCAGGAUACCUCUGUGCUAUGAAAGUAACAGAAGAAGAUCUGUGGAUCAGUACUUAUGGCAGAUUGUUCCAGAAGCUCUGUUCCACUAGUGCUGAAAUUCCUAUUGGCAUCUAUCGGACAGAAUCUCACAUUUUCUCUACUUCUGAGUCGCAGGUCUCUGUCAGUGUCGAUGACUGCGAGGACACAAAGGACAGGGGGGACGAGUCUCGCAGCAACGACCAAUCAGAUCACCCCCUCCUGAGGAAGAAGAGCAUGCAGUGGGCCCGGCGUCUGAGUAAGAAGAGCGUGAGGUGGCAGGGGGUGAACCGGGACUCCAGCAAGGACCACGCUCAGCGCAUCGCUCAGCAGCGCCUCAACCUCUACAGACGCUCUGAGAGGGAGGAGCUGUCUGAGCUGGUCCGCAACCGCAUGAGGCACCUGGGCCUCCCCACCUCUGGAUAUGAAGACCUGUCGAAUCUGACCGCCUGUGACGUCAUGAACAGAGUCAACCUGGGCUACCUGCAAGGUAAUCAAGUUGUGAUCCUGAGCCAGAUACACAUUAGAUCAUCACACCAGCACACACACAUGACUGUCCUGUUUUCAGAUUGUGGUGGUGUUUCUGUUUCAGAUGAGCAGAACGAUCACCAAAACACCCUGUCCUACGUCCUGAUUAAUCCUUCUCCUGACACCAGGCUGGAGCUCAAUGACAUUGUGUACUUGAUUCGCUCGGACCCUCUGGCUCACGUCCCCGAGGAGCCUCCAGUUCGCAGCAGCAGCCUCAAAGAGCGACGCGAGUCCAGCAUAGACACCAGAGAGGACACCCAGCUCUGAUAGCAUGCUGACCUUCACUGGUGCGCUCCUUCUUAAUCGCCCCCCGUCCUCCUCCCUCACACACCGUUUGGCUUUCAUGGGGGGGUCUGGUUGCAGGUCCGGUCCGAAAGAGGACAAUUUGUGCUCAAAUGUCUCAGCGCUGCAGUCUGCCACUGUAUUAUACGAGUGCCUACUGUUUGUCAGAUGACAUUUGAUGUCAUCUGUGACAUUUUCAUCCUCUCGCCACAGACACUGUAUUUAAGGAUAGUGCAUUCAUUUCCGUGAGAGCUCUUUCAGAUGAGCAGUCAGGGACACGCUUGUUGGCAAAUGAAUCCAGCGAACUGAAUGAGGAAUCACAGAAAUCACCCUUUUAAGUGUCAUUGUCAUUGACAGCUUGUGAAUUUUGUGAAGUUCAAGCUGAUUAUCAGAGAUUUGGGGAUACAGAGGUUGGUGUUCCAGGAUUUAUCCAUCUUUUUCUGCUUUUAGAGAUCAUCUGAAAUCAGGUGCACAUUCUAAAUUUCCCUGUGCUGCACAUUUACCUGUUUACGACCAAUUGCAUCAAAUCAAACAUAACUUUCAGCAUGAUGUGACUUUAAUGAAUUAUGUGCAUUAAAGCUUUUUAAGCUUAUUUUUUGUAGCUAAAUCAUAGAAGUAGUUUUUCCAGUGGUGUAGAGGUCUUUAUUAGUAAGUUAUGUACAGACAGUGAUGGUUAUUUCUAUGUUCGCUGCAGUACAUUUCUUAGGGUCAGUGAGGUUUUAGCACUACAAGAGCGUAGUUUAACCCUUUAAGCAGGACGUGCCAUAUAUUCAAUAUUGUGCCAUAAAAGGAUUUAUUUGAUUUGUACUAUAUUAGUAAUCAGAGAACAACGUUUUACUUUCAGCACUGCUCAGUGAAAGAAUUUGCUUAAUAAUUUCCAUUUGUGGUUGUUUGGGUGAGGUCUGUAUCUUUAAAGAACUUUUGAAUUCAUAUAUAUUUGAAUGUUGAAAAUAUUUGUACUUGGGUCUCAUUUUAUUUGCACAUUAAAGUGCUAUUUUCUGAAGGAAAAAAAACAUUGAAACUAUUUUUAGUUUUGAGAAAGAACUUUUGGCUUAGCUAUACGUCUUUCAUCCAGGUUAAAGACAUCUGCUACGCUGGCUUUAAAGAAAUAGCUACACAUUGUUGAAUUUGCAGAGCUGUAGAGAUCUUUUUGAAGAUGGAUGCAGCUCGCAGUUUUUUUGUGCAUUAAAUUUGAAGAUGAAGAGAUAAAAAAAAUCACUCACCAACACCUCUAAUUAAUUAGCAUACUACAUGUAGUGUAUUUAAUAUUUCCAGAAAGUGUAAAAAUGGUAGGUAUUUGUCAGCUGUUUGCCUCCAUAUUUUACAAACCACUAUUUAGUCCUUCAUGCAUAGUUUAAGUGGUUUACUAUUAAAUAUAUCGAAGGUGAUUUUUCUUGAUUCUGUCAGUAAAUUAUGAGAUUUAAAAAAAGGCUUUUAAUAGACACACACUGCACUCACUUGUUAAAAAAAAAAAAAAACAGAAGUGGGGUUUCAAUUUAAAUGAUAGACUUCUAUUAAUUUUGAGAGCUAUAUUUGUAUGAUACAAACAGACAGGUCAGAUAAAUGAUUUGUUAGACUUGUAAAUAAACUCCAGAUGCAGGUGUCGACACACUAGGGGGCAAUGCAGAAAUGACUUAAUAACUUUUACUAAUUUUACAAGAAUUGCUUAUAAACAUCAUUUUAAACUAAUGCUGUUUUUUAGACAUGAUUCCAGCUGGAUAGUUGGACCACUCUGGAGUCUAACAUUGCUGAGAGGGAUAACUUAAUGCAGAUUUUUUUUCUGUGAAUGACUUUUUUUUGUCAAAGAAAGGGCAGCAUACUAUUAUGUUACGUCAAACUUAUCUUAUAUAAUGAAAAUACAAUAAAAAAUCUAUGUAUUUGAAGGAACAAUGCUUUUUGGUCGUUUCCAUAUUUUGUCACCCUCAUCAAAAAUGUAAGUCCAGUUCCAGUUCCAGAAAUUUCCAACAUGCUGGGUGGUAAAAAGUGUUAUUAUUGUCUCUGCACAUACAGCAGUUGUGUAUGUGGGGUCAACAAGACAAAAACGUUAAUGUACAAUGUUUUUUGUCAUCACUCAUCAUUUAGAAACCUGAAAGUUUAUUAAAAUAAAGUGCAUUACUCUGACUUA